CCAGACGGGCGUGACGGGGCCCUUUUCUUUCUUCCUCUCUUUUUGCUAGCUCGUCCCGCCCGCCGCCAGCCCAAAUGGACCGCUGCUGCCCACCACUACUGCUACUUUGUCUGCCACUCUUUGACGGCAGACGGGACGAGACGGACACCACAUGAGACUGCCGUGCUAGCUCCAGUCAAAGAAACCAGGCACCUCUCCACCAUCACCGUCAUUUGCCAACCAUGGCAGCCACCAUCAUGUUUCGGGACUUCUCCUUCGAACGACGCCCGCCAGCUGCCCAGAAGCUCGAGCGGACCACGAUGAAUGUCUCACCCUCCACCGUGCUGUCUGAGGAUUUCUCAAGGCCACCGACUCCCAAGCCGUCAGUGGGCGACCUCGCAGACGACCUCGACCGACAAUCGCUACGCGAUCAAGCCGUCAACUCGAAUUCCAGCGUGUUCCCGUACGACACUGCCACCCAUACCGGUGCCGCAGAGCGACCUACCUACUCACGGAUUGCGACCGCCUCGCUCCGGCUGCAGCGCCAAACCAAUACGAGAAAACAUCGCAGUCCCUCGCAUCUAGAGACUAUGUCGAAGCUGGUGGCAAGAAUGAUAGAGGAGACGGACCAAUGCAACGUCUGCGAAACGCCCUCGUCUCCAUCGCCUCGCCCUUCGUCGAGAUGCAGAGACGACGAGGGCAUAGACAUGGACUACACCUCCGCCGACUCCGAGGACCGAUCCGUGUUCCCGCUCAGCUUCCGGAGAGCCGGAGACCGGUUAUGCAGGGGCGCCGCCGUCGUGAAGAAGGUUCGCAUGCGGAGGAGAUUGAAGACAUCAAAAAAGAAGUAAACUGUUGUAAUGUGGUGCGGCUAUUUGAUGAGAUUUGGAAGCAUGGGAGCAUUGCAAAGGCGUUUGGGUUCGUUUUGGGUUUGCUUCUGGCGCGGUAUACCAUCUACUAUCCAUAUACCCCUGGAGGCCGCACAGGCCGUGGUAGGAAUUUUUUCGGACAGCUGAUGUACAUAUGAUCGCUGUCUAGAAUAUCAUAGGACGGCGUCUAGAGUAUUUGGAAAACAAACAGGUUGGGCCUGGAGCGCUUCGGGAGCGAGGUCACUAGAGGCGACUAGUGCGUCGCAGCCUUAAUAUAUAGACAAUAUCAUUAGACAAGCCUG